UCGUACUUGCCUCCACCUCAGUUUCUGCAGACAUGUCCAGCCUCCGGGAACUGUGCUCCGGCCUGCCCCUACGACCACUCCCUGAGAACCGGGGGCGCUGGGCUGGAGUGCCACAUGCGCCAGUCAGGACUCCUGAUCUUAGCCCUGCAGAAGAGCAGCUGGCACUGAGGAAUGCCUUGCGCUACUUCCCACCUGAUGUCCAGAAGCUGUUGGCCCUGGAGUUUGCCCAGGAGCUACGACAGUUUGGACACAUCUACAUGUACCGCUUCUGCCCCACCAUCGAGAUGAGGGCCUACCCAAUCGAGCAGUACCCAUGCCGGACACGGGCAGCUGCGGCCAUCAUGCACAUGAUCAUGAACAACCUGGAUCCUGCUGUAGCCCAGUUUCCACAGGAGCUGGUGACCUAUGGAGGCAACGGGCAGGUGUUCAACAACUGGGCUCAGUUCUGGCUGACCAUGUCCUACUUGUCGAAGAUGACUGAGGAACAAACUCUGGUCAUGUACAGUGGACACCCACUGGGCCUCUUCCCCAGCAGCCCUUGUACCCCACGGCUGAUCAUCACCAACGGAAUGGUUAUUCCCAACUACUCCUCCAGGACUGAGUAUGAGAAGCUGUUUGCCUUGGGGGUGACCAUGUAUGGCCAGAUGACAGCGGGCAGCUACUGCUACAUUGGUCCCCAGGGAAUCGUCCAUGGCACAGUGCUCACCGUGCUGAAUGCUGGUCGGCGGUACCUGGGCAUUGAGGACUUGGCAGGGAAAGUCUUCGUCACCUCUGGGCUUGGCGGGAUGAGUGGGGCUCAAGCCAAGGCUGCAGCCAUCGUUGGAUGCAUUGGGGUGAUAGCAGAGGUUGACAAAGCGGCACUUGUAAAACGUCACCGACAAGGCUGGCUGAUGGAGGUGACUGACAGCUUGGACCGCUGCAUUGCGAGACUCAGAGAAGCAAGAAAAAAGAAGGAGGUACUCAGCCUUGGCUACCAUGGCAAUGUGGUGGAUCUUUGGGAGCGCCUGGUCCAUGAACUGAACACAACAGGGGAGCUCUUGGUGGAUCUCGGAUCGGACCAGACGUCCUGUCACAACCCAUUCAAUGGCGGCUACUACCCUGUGCAGCUCAGCUUCUCAGAGGCCCAGAGCCUCAUGUCCUCCAACCCUGCUGCCUUCAAGCACCUGGUGCAGGAAAGCCUGAGGAGGCACGUCUCAGCCAUCAACAGGCUGGCCCAGGAGAAGUUCUUCUUUUGGGACUAUGGUAAUGCCUUCCUCUUGGAGGCUCAGAGAGCAGGAGCAGAUGUAGAGAAGAAAGGAGCCAACAAGACGGAGUUCCGCUACCCCUCCUAUGUCCAGCACAUAAUGGGGGAUAUCUUCUCCCAGGGCUUCGGGCCCUUCCGCUGGGUAUGCACGUCAGGGAACCCCCAGGACCUGGCUGUCACCGAUCAUCUGGCCACAUCUGUGCUGGAGAAAGUCAUUGCCGAUGGAGUAAAGCCAUCUGUGAAGCUACAGUACAUGGAUAACAUCCGCUGGAUCCGGGAAGCUGCCAAGCACCAGCUGCCAUCCUGCCAUGUCCUGAGAGGUGCGGACCCUGCAUCCACAAGACCAUUGACAGCAGCACUGUGGUGGCCACCUUCUCCAGGAAAGGUGGUGGGCUCCCAGGCGAGGAUCCUGUACUCAGACCAGAAAGGCCGUGUGGCCGUUGCUGUGGCCAUUAACCAAGCCAUCGCCAGUGGGAAGAUAAAGGCACCAGUGGUCCUGAGCCGUGACCACCAUGAUGUGAGUGGCACUGACAGCCCCUUUAGGGAGACCUCCAAUAUUUAUGAUGGUUCUGCCUUCUGCGCAGACAUGGCCGUGCAGAACUUUGUGGGAGAUGCCUGUCGUGGCGCCACCUGGGUUGCACUUCACAACGGAGGCGGCGUCGGAUGGGGUGAGGUGAUCAAUGGGGGAUUUGGCCUGGUGCUAGAUGGAACCCCAGAGGCUGAGCAGAAAGCCAGGAUGAUGCUCAGCUGGGAUGUCUCCAAUGGUGUGGCACGCCGCUGCUGGUCUGGGAACCCCAAGGCCUAUGAGAUCAUCUGCCAGACAAUGCAGGAGAACAGUGGCCUGGUAGUGACACUUCCCCAUGCGGUGGCAGAUGAACAAGUGCUACAGCAGGCCCUUCGGCCCUGAGAAAAGUUAGGGUCCUCUCGACUCCCUCCUUCCCGCUGCCCUCCCCACUCAGCUCACUGCGCUCCUCCCACACCACACCCCUACAUAGCACCCUUAGUGUCUCACAUGGUGAACCACGGAGGCCUAUCAAGGUGGAAGCACUUGUCUUUGACUACUGGAUUGAGGGAAGGGUACGUCUUGUUCAUGAAUGUAAGCCUGCAAAAGAGUGAACUCCAGCUUAGACAGGAAGGAACACUGAAUGCUGGCCAAGCUGGCAUCAGCCUCCAAGGAUUCUCUGUGACUUUCUCAAUGUGCUGUUCAGUCUCCUGUCCACCACUGUCCCCACACCGCUCUCCUAGCCAUCUGCCUAUCCCAUAUCUAUGCCAUCACUUCUAGUUCCUCAGAGAACUAGAAGGCAUGGGUACACAAGUACUCACACCAAGUCUUUGGUGCUGAAGAUGGGAAGGAGAAUACACAGAAAAUAAAGAAGAAAAUAUCAGCAAGUACAUGAGAUAAACUGGGCUAGCAGGAGUGGGCAACACAGUGUCUGAGGCAAAAGGGGUCAGGUAUUAGAACACGUGGAGAGGAGAAAGAUGGCCUUUCUAGGCCAUCUGUGUGAACCUGAAAAACAGAACCAACCACUUCCAGAGGUCCCUGGAGAUCUGUUUGGGAUCUGGAAACCUGCACAAGCUGCAUUUGCCUAAAGCUGGGAUUUUACACCUUUCCCAGACCUUGCAAUCCAACCAGCUUCCAGGGCCCCUCCUACUACUGUACUGCCCUGUGCCCUCUUUUCAAUGUUCACCAGGCCAGCCCACCUGCUGUGGAGUAUCACAGGCUUGUUGUCCCCUAAGCUGAGCCAAGGCUAAGAGGCAAGUAACUUACAAAGAGAAAAGAAAGGGGAUCUAUUGCUGACCGUUCUGGAUGUCCCCAUCCAGAAUCACGAAGUCAUAUUGCUUUGGGCCUCUGGCAACAGUGCCAAAUGACAAUGGCAGAUAGGACAUGGCAGAACAUACUGCUUAUACUAUGAGCCAGGAAGCAGAGAAUAGAAGCUUGGAUCCAAGACCUACAAUCCCUCCAGGGCAUGUUCCAAUAACCUAAAGACCUCCCAACCUCUAGCACACCAGCCAAGCCAUAGCAGAGGUCAAAACGUGCUUUCUGGUUUCUUGGUCUCUCUUUCUUGCAUAAAAUAAAAAUAUCCUGAAUCAAAAAGUA